AUGAGAUAUUUAUAUGCAAUUACUUUAGAAGAAGAAUCUGAUAAUAGUAAUAAUAAUGAUGAUCAGAUUAAUCAAGUAUUAAGUGAUGAAGAUUCUAAUAAUAAUGAAAAUGAACCAUUAACAAAAGAAGAUGAAAAAUAUUAG